AUGGAUAUCCUCGUCUCUGCAAUACUAGGUGACCUCGUCAGUAGGUCAGCGUCAUUUGUGAUCAGCAAAUACUUCCAGCAGCAGCCUGGCAUCGGCAAGAUUCUCCAGAGGCUACAGAGUGUCCUACUGAGAAUCGACAUCAUCGUCGAGGAGGCCGAGGCGCGGCACAUCACCAACCAGGGGAUGCUCCGUCAGCUCAAGAUGUUGCAGCAAGGAAUGUACAGAGGCCACUACGUUCUUGAUGCCUUGAGAUUCCAAGCCAUUCUCGACGAGGAGGAGGGGGACGAGGAGAUGAGCCACUCGUCAUCUGCAGUGUCAAAAUCCAGUCCAAUCAAACGCCUUCGUUUCUCUCGCACCCGCAGUGGUAGUAGCAACAGAGAAGCACUGUUGUUUGGUACAAACAGCAACAUGCGAGAAGAGCUACACCGGAUGGUUGAUACCCUUGAAGACACCGUGGCUGGUAUGAAGGAGUUUCUUUUCUUCUUGGAGUUAUAUCCUCGGAUCCUCCGCCAACCUUAUGGCACGUAUCUGCUGUUGGACAACUGCAUGUUUGGUCGCCAAAUGGAAAGGGAACGGGUUCUGAAUUUCUUGCUUCCUCCUGGUACUACUUCAGACUUGGCUGUACUUCCGAUUGUUGGGCCAAUAAGAGUAGGGAAGAGCACUCUUGUUGAGUACGUCUGUAGGGAUGAGAGAGUGCGCGAUGGCUUCUCGAUGAUCCUGUUCUUUCCAGAAGGUAGUCUCAGGGAUGAAGGGGUGAUUGACCUGAAAAGAAACAAUAAUAAUGGUUUUGUAAGAUAUCAAAACUCUGCUUCUCAAAACAGGUUGCUGAUUAUUGUUGAAAUAGCUGAGGAUAUUAAUGAAGGAACAUGGAGAAGGUUGAAAUCUUCCGCGACCAGCAUGACACCGUGCGGUGGGAGCAAAAUCAUAAUCACCAGUAGGUCAGAUAGAAUAGUGAAUCUGGGAACAACAGAAGCACUUCGACUGGACUUUCUCCCUCCAGAAGCUUUUUGGCAUUUUUUCAAGUCGCUUGCAUUCGGAAGCACAAACCCUGAUGAACAGCCAAAACUGGCAACAAUGGCCAUGGAGAUUGCUUUGGAACAGAGACAGGAUUUCACAAGCGCACAUAUCGUUGCUGGGAUACUGCGAGCUAACAUCAAUGCUCGAUUUUGGCGCACAAUUCUUGAAUGUGUAAGAGCAUAUAAACGGACAAAUCUCCUUUUGUUUGACCAGCACCCAUACUUUCGUUUGCGGGUAGAUGAACCGGUGUACUAUUGGACCUUGGAGAAGAGCCGCAGAUAUUUCUUGAUUUGCAACUAUCAUCAGUCAGAUUCCACCGAGAGUGUUCCAAAGAUCAGUGUGCAGGACAUUCUCCUAGGACGUGGUGGUACACUACCCUAUGGAGAAUUUGAGGCUCUUUCAUGGAGGUCUAGCAUACCGCCCUACUACAACUACAUGGUAAGCUGUAAGAUGCAAGCACCACGACUUACAGUGGGAAGGAAGAGGCGCGUGCAUCAAGAGGAACAACAUUUUAUUUGA